GACUGGCUGUUGCCUGUGUCUGAGCUGUGGCUGGCUGGACAAGAUUGUGAUCACAUCUGAUUCGACUACAGGCACAGGCAGCGAGAAAUGUUUGCCCUUCUUGCGCUGCUAAAGUCAGGAACAAAAAUACACUGAGUGGUUGGCUGAAAAUCAUUUUGUUACGGAUCAUUACCAAGUUUGAAGACUGCAAGUAAUCGUUAAUAACACAUUUAUUUACAAUGACGGAGAGCGCGGAGAAAUGGGUGCCUCUUUCGUUGACCCUUGUUGAAUAUCCAGAAGGAGACCAUUUCGGCAAAUUGCUGGCUCUCUUCAGUUUGAGUCCAUUUGCGAUCCUUGCUGGGUUCGCAGCUUUAAUUUUAUUUAGAAGAGAUUUGCACACAAUCACAUUUUUCAUCGGUACAGCAACCAACGAGUUGCUCAAUUUUAUCUUGAAGCACACCAUCUGCGAAGCCAGGCCCAUGGCGAGGAGCAGUCUUUACACCGAGUAUGGCAUGCCGUCAUCACACUCGCAAUUCAUGUGGUUCUUUGCCCUGUACUGUGCUCUCUUUAUCUUGAUCAGACUCCAUCACAUGAACAACAGCAGUGCGCUUGAGAGCUUUUGGAAAAUAGGCCUGGUAUGCUCCUGCAUUCUACUUGCAAUCAUUGUUUCAUUUGGCAGGGUCUAUCUGAAUUAUCACUCUUGGAAGCAAGUGCUGGUCGGAUCUGCCGUUGGGGUGGCGUUUGCAAUAUUUUGGUUUGCAAUGACACAUUUGGUCUUCUCCCCUCUAUUCCCGACUAUCGUUACCUGGAAAAUUUCUGAAUUGUUGCUGAUUCGGGACACGACUCUGAUCCCGAACAUCAUGUGGUUUGAAUACACCAACACCAGGCAGGAGGCAAGGGCUCGUGGUCGCAAACUGGUGACAAUGAAGUCCCAAUGACGGCACCGCCCCGCGUUGAUGACAAACACCCAAGGAGUUUUUGGCCGCCUGGCCAAAAUGUGCAGGAGAGCCAACAAAUAAUCAAGUGUAGUUAAGAGAACAGAAAAAAUAUAAACUGGUGGCUGUGAUUGCCCUGCAGAAAUGGUGUGGCAGCACCUGACUUUCAAGGCUGACCGGCAGCUUAAGACAUUUGAAUACAGAGACCUCGUGGUGAGCAUUACGCACAAAUCAGUCUUACUAUAUUAUACAGCAAUUAAUUCCAUUUCAAUAUACAAACGACUGCAAUCUACGAUGAAAGUCUUGAGUAUUUACGUGUUUGCAAUUUGGAAAAACCUGUGCACAAUAAGUGAGUUUGUUGAGUGAAGAUCGCAAAUUGUUGUCUAAUGUCCCCGUAAAUGAAAUACUAACUAUAGAAAGCCGCGAGAUCUUUUUGCGUAAACAUAAUAAUCUUUCUUCGCAAAAGAUGUGGUAUUGGUCAUUUUGUACCAACUCCCCUACAAAUUCAGCAGCUUUGUGAUAUUUGUGGAGCUUGCAGUCAAAACUUAAUAAUUCAUUACACGUGUGAAGUAACUACUGCUGUUGCAUUUAGAAAUAUUUUAUACAUUUUGUGAAUUAAAUCCAUGACAAAAUAUCUCGCAUUACGUAGCUAUUUUGAUAAAUGGGAUGCUAUGCACAAACCAGCACACCUUGUCUAUUUGUUGGACGAGUCAUGUCAUUUUUAACAUUGAAAGUUUGUACGAAUGUACUUAACACCGAUUCCCAGGGCGUAGCUUUCCUUGUGCAUGUUUACUACAAUUUUUAUACACUGCAGCUGCAUUUUGUUGCUCAUUUUUUAAAGUUUGAUUUGUAAUGUUUGCUGUUUGCAUUUAAAAUAAAUCAAAGCACUAAAGAAA